UGAGACAAACAUCGAGAAGGGGUUUGUUUCUUCAUAAACUGGGGGAAAACGUAGUUUCGUAUUUCCUGCACAACAAUUUAUGAAAAGGCUACCCACGUGAACAUGCGAGAUCGACAGAGUGUAGCUUAGUGUCUUACUGCAGAUAUUUUGCUGUGUGCGGUGCUGUUAUCUAACAUGGUUUCUGUGUUCCAGUUGAGUUGUGGAUAGGCACGUACGUAUAGUGCAUGCACCGGUUUUACUAAACGGAUAUUGCCCGAACAACUGACAUGCCGAAAGAAGUGAAGUUCCAAGGCCUUCCUGGUGGCCCUGUGGAAAUAGAAUUUUCAGACGAGAUCCCGCAUUGGAAUACGUGCUCGAAAUGCCACAUGAUCUCCCUCACGAUGUACGUGGACCCCAAAAAUCACGUCUUUUGUUCUACCUGCGUUGAUCAACGUAGCUCGCAACAGACUAUAUUCUGCCAAUACGAAAAGAAGGAUAUUCAGUUUCGUGAGAUGGAUGAAGCAUACGCUGUGAUCACGGCUCUGAAGAAUAUGGCAGUCUACUGUCCAAAUAAGAAACAAGGUUGUACAAAGGUUUCCACGUUGACAAAUCUUCAGGUGCACUUCCUGUCGUGUGAACGUACGCGUCUAGCGUGUGGUUUCUGUGGAAAAAAAUUUCCGGGAUCCAUGUAUGAAGACCAUACGAAUUCCUGCUUGGAAAAGCAAGUACAGUGCUCCUACUGCUACAAACCACAGCGACGUGGAAGCCUCCAGGAACACAAAAAAGUUUGUGGAAAACAAGCGGAAAUCUGUCCAAAGUGCAACCGAAGCGUUUUGAGGAUGAAGUUUGCAAUCCAUGACUACCAGUGCACUGGAAAUGUUGAUGUGGAAAAGCAGGUCGAUGCAGGUGCUACAGAUAAGGUCAGCUCUGCAGUGGUGGUCCAUGAGGAUGACAUAGUGACUGCUGUACCAGAACCACCUGCAGAGGCAUGUAACCCCUCCUGUGUGUCAGAAAAUGAUACAUAUCAUGAGGAGACUGAGAAGAAGCUGGGGGAGGAGGAGGCGGUUGCGAUGAAGUGCGAAGUGUCCUCUACCAGCAAAAAGGUAGAUGCAGAAGUGCAGACCAGUCACUUUCAAAUGUCUGGAGAAGAUUUUGUGCAAGGUGCAUUGCAGAGAAAGAUCAUGAUGAAUGUGAGGAAACUACCUCAAUCAGCGCAGGAGCAUUUCAACACCCUGUUAGAGCUCUACCUUAGAGCCUUGGCUACUCCAGUCAAUCAAGCCUUCACAGAGAGCUUCUUAGGCUUCCAAUUUGUACCCUUGAGCAAACAAAAUAGGAAUGCAACUCAGAAAAUUGAUGAAGCUGAGCCGUCGCAAGAGGAAGAGAGAGCCUUGGCUACUCCACUUAAUCAAGCCUUCACAGAGGGCUGCUUAGACUCGCAAUCUGCACUCUUCAGCAAACCAAAUAGGAAUGAAACUCAGAAAAUUGACGAAGCUGAGCCAUCGCAAGAGGAAGAGGAAGAGCUGAGGAACCAACAUGACCUCAAGGACGAUACAUAUGUCAGUCCUGCUGGGCCAUCAUCACUUUGGGAAGUUUUGUCAGACACCCAUCUAUCCAGCUAUGACGUGAUACACUCAGAAAAUGCAGGUUAUUCAGGCAUUCCUGUGCCAGAGAUGGUAAAGCAGAGUCCAACUCUGUCACAUGCUCAGGAGAUUAUUGAUAAGAGUUCUGCUGAUAUAAACUGCAGCCGAGAUGACAGCGAGCACCAUCACGAAGUGGAGCAAAGCCAUACUGACGAAAUGGUUUCACCGGAUUCAAGUGCCACGGAUUCCUUCUGCUAUACAUCAAGCAUAGAACGAGUCGCAAGUAAUGUCUUACAUGGUGAAUGUUUGCUCAUGGAUGACUUGGACCAGUGUCCUCAGCGUCUACAGCAUAACAAUGUAGCUCCAAGUGCUGCAGAGUGUACUGAAUACCCAUCCAGUAAAGAUGGCAGUUGGUAUGCCCAUAACGUACAGCACAGUCCUUCUCAGCACAACCCAACGUAUGAUGAAAACUCUGGUGAUGCAGAUGUAGAAAGCAUAGAGAUCAUCCCAAGUCAACGGUCUGGUGAUGAUUACCAUGUCAAAGAGGAGGCACAGCACAGCAGCUGGCUAGAUGACAAGAAAGCAUGUACUCCAAAGGAAACAGGGGAUGGGGAAGACUUACUUUUUUCAUCUGCUAGCAGUGUGAAAUGGUCAAAGCAACAGCCAAACUUGGAUGGGAACUCUGGCAGUGCAAACACACAAAGCACACAAGGGAGAAUCAGAACUGAAUUAUAUGGUGACUAUCACCAGGUCCAAGGGGCACCGCCUAGUAACCGCUUCGAUGAUGUGAAAGCGUGUGCUCCUGAGGAAGCACUAGGAGGAGGGAAGGACUUUCUUUCUGCUUCAACUUGCAAAACGGAACUGGGGGAGUUGCCUCGUCAGGACUACGAUAACAAGACUCUCCUGCAUGGAAUGCCAGCUGCGUCUCCCAGGCCCAUGUUACCACAGGCUUCCGAACAGCCCUCUCAUUUGGGCACAUGGGGAUCGACUUGUAAGGAAGAAGCUGAACAUAAAGCAACUGAGCACAACCAAACAUAUGAUGAGAACUCUGGCAAUGUAGAUGCAGAAAGCACAGAGGUCAUCCAAAGUCAACUGUCUGGUGAUCAUCACCAUGUCAAACCGGCACCAUUCGGCUGCUGGCUACAUAACAAGAGAGCAUUUACUCCAAGGGACAAAAGGGAAAGGAAAGAUUUACUGCCUUCUUCUACUUGUAGUGUGAAGCAGUACAACAGUCGGACAAACGUUGAUGGAACACCAGUUAUGCCUGCAGGGCACUCUGCCCCACAAUCCUCCAAACCAUCUUACCCGAGUAGAUACCUGAGUAGUUACAUGACCGCAUCCACCCAUAAGGAAGAAACUGAUGAUAAAACAUCAGCAGCAGCUCCAAAGGAAACAGGGGAAGGGAAGGAAAUACUUCCUCCUUCUGCUUGCCGUGUGAAGCAAUACAAUAGCCGGACAAACGCCGAUGGAACACCAGUUAUGCCUGCAGGGCACUCUGCCCCACAGUUCUUUAGACCAUCUUUUUUGAGUAAAUACAGGAGUACCUGGGCGUCCACCCAGAAGAAAGAAACUGAUGACAAAGCAACCUCAGAAGCAGCUUGCCCGCAUGAGAGAAUUUGACGUCACUUCUGUUUGUUCAUCUUUCAACAGGGUGACACCAUAACUUGCAUUAUGACAUCAUGAAGUGAUCUUCGCAGUUGCACUCAUCUUGAACAGGCUGCUUCAGUAUGCUACAUCUUGCUGAAUGAAGAUGUAUACUUUGAUGAGAUAAGGUUCGUUGAUCGGAGCAGACUUCAGGGUGUGCUGUCGAAGAGUUGUUUAAAAUAAUUUAGGUGGUGCAGAGAAUAAAAGCCUUGCAUCCUGCUGC